CCUCCUUUUGUCACAACCAAUCAUAAAGAGCCAACUUGUGACGUAACACUUCUGUGGACGCCACAAUUUGACAGAACGUGACCCAUCUAUUGUAAGCGAUAUACGAAUAUGUCCGAAGGAUGUACGAGGAUAAGAAGAAAUAUUCAAAUUGUUUUAAUUACCCGGUACUCCAUAUGAUCGACGCGCAUGCGCAGGUUGCGUUCUCUGGCGGCGAACGCGAGAAACAUUUCAGUUGUGACGAGCGCAAAAUCGUGUGAGAAACGUAUAACGACCUCGAGAUCAUCCGAGACAAUGAGUUUUCGCCAUUGCAACAUUUGCCCCAGAUUGUACUUGGAGAAAAAAUCUAAUACUCGAGCAUCUGAUGAAUAUAUAUAUAUAUAUAUAUAUAACAUCUUUAUAUACUGACAAACUUGUAAAGGUUAUAUUCUGAGAUUUUAUUCGUUAUCAUAUCAAGAAUUAUUGAGCCCAAUAGCAUCUUUUAUAUGUGCAUAUAUGAUCGACUUUUUAUAACAAUAAAUUAUUUCACAAAAUAUAUAACAAAAUAUAAUAUAUGAAAGGUUAAAAUCGAGGUAUAUCGCGUGGCUGCAAAACUACCGGCUUGAGAAAAGGCUACAUUACGCGGCAUUACUUAAGAAAGAAGGAUUAUUGUUAGCAUGACAUAUUCGCUAAUUAGAACUUUAAGCUUGAUGAAAUCGCGGCGGGCACAUUUAAUUACGCGAAUCGGGGUUGAACGAGGAUCCGACACGAGAUUUCUCACCGAAUCUCGAACAUCCGGAUAGGAAAAUUUCGUAAUAUUGUUACGCUGAGAGAAAUGUAAUAGAGUAUAUAUCUUCCUAUAUAUUUGCAUAUACACGCGAAUUCAUUAAUAUAGUUCAUUAUUUUAACGGGAAUUGAAUUGAUAAUCGUUCCUCUUAUUGCAUUUUUUUUUAAUUUCUGACACAAAUACCUUAAUUAAUUAAUAUAUUUAAAUCAAAGUGCGAAAUGCUAAGAUAAAUAAUUUAGCCGCAAUAUUUCUGAAGAAAUAGUAAAAAUGCAGUAGAAUUAUUAUUUCUUACUUUACACACAAUAUAUAUGUAAAAGAUAAUAAUCCAAGGGGAAGCAAUAUAUCUUUAUUUAUAUAUUUACAUACGAUUUAAUCCAACGUGAAAGGUAUACGAAGUCAUAUUGAUUACUACACGAAGGACAAAAAUGGAAGAUUAUUGCCAGAGUGCCAGUUGUUUCUACAUCCGACAUCGGCGUGUGAAACUGCAAGCAAAGGGACCGAUCCGAUGAGUGCAACGAGAGCCUGGGAGUGCCUUUUUAAUGUCACGGAAGGAGUUACCUUUAAGUAUCGUAUCGCCGAUGUCGAAUCACAUGAAUCGCUAGAUUGGGAGAGAGUCCGAGAUAAUAAGAGAGUCGGAGACAGAGAGACGAUGACAUUCCUCGAUCGGAUUUUUGCACAGGGGGGACGGACCCGAUAUGCACUCUUCAGGGAGCGCAGAGAAUGCUUAUAUCACGUCCUUCCUCUGCUCACAAAAAUUAAUAUAUAAUAAUAUAAUAUUCAGAAAGACAUACGAGAAAAAAUAGAAGCGAAGAAGUAUAAAGAGACUGAUGAUAGGAUAUAUGUAUACAAAGAGCUACAAAUCUUCUCAAGAAGAUGAAUCGUCGUCAGUCGCAGAGUAAGGGUUGAAAUCGAGAUGAUCGCGUCGUUAUCGAGGAUUGCCAUCAGAAGAGGGGAUUAAGUCCGUGUUCUAACCUUCCUCUUCGAUGACCUUACCCAGCCGCUCGUCAUUCCACAAUAUGCUCCUGCCCGAAUGAUUUGCAUAAGAGUAUCGGAGGAUGUAGUCGAGCGAUCGUCCAGGCCAUACAGAUGUAUUUGUGAAGGUUUUCAUCUUGAUCAUCUUGUCGGUCAUCUCUCAACGGCGUCCUAACAUCUGGGUUUUCCAGCAGUCUAAACACAAUGGUCUUUUGACGGAGAUGUCUAGGAAUCGUUAGCCGGACUCUUCUUCGCAAGUGUUUCCUCAUACGUGACGCUAUUGAGAAAGACGAUAGCUUUUCGACCGAGGAAUUGCACCAAGUAUCUGUCACAAUCGCUGAUAUUUCUAUAACGGAUCGUUUUCAGGAGGACGCGAUCAACGAUUGCAUAUCGAAAAUGGAGGAGAGUUCCCGCCAAUUUGACAGUUCACCUUCCUCGAAGCGCAACGAGGAGUCCUGCUGCGAAUGCAUAUAUACAUAUAGAUAUGUAAUGCCACGGCGCCACUACGGUGCACCCAGAUUCUUGGAUUUGGAUCGGAGGGAGUUAUCGUAAUCGAGGAUCUCGUCGGGACUCCGUGACCAAGAGACUUAUUCGAGGUCAUGAAGAGUGGAGGCGAGCGAUUCACGAGGGGACCAAAAUUGCAAUUCAAGAGAGAAGAUCCGGAAACUCAUAAAAACAGCCUUAUAGCUCGAGAAAAAUAUCUACGAGAUGCGGAAGAUAAUUGCAAAAAUAUAAUACAAACCCUCGCUUCGACCCUUGGCGACCUAACGCAAGAGAAAGAUAGAGAGAAGGAGAGACGAAGAUCUCUGGAUAGGCAAGAUAAGACGAGAGAAGACAAGGCAAGCCAAGGCAUAGCAAGGGAGUCCGGCCCCUCCGAGUGGGGCCCCUCUACUCGCCCCCUACACUGGGGGCCCAACACCGUUCAAGAAUCAUCUUAUUAGAGACCCAUGCUAUAUAAACCCAACGUGCCGGCAUGCCGAGCAGUUACAUACCGACUUUAUUCACAGUCGUGCGGAGAGUGUAACAACAACAACAACAAUAACGACGAAUUGCAUAUCCUUGCGCGUUCAUUCUCCUCCACGAGCAAAGGGUUGUUUCGCCCCUAACGCGAGUUAACGUGGUUCCAGCACGUCGACCUCCAUCACUUAUUGUGGCCGCAAGAUGUAUUAUUUGCAGCUGGCCGUGCUCUUCGUGACGGUGGCGAAUGUUAUUGGUGACCUACCACCGGGCACGCGACGCAACACAUAUCUGCCGCCAGAGCCGACGAAGGGUGGUUACUCGUACAGCAAGCCACCGGUGCAAUUCCCGAAGCCCACACCGAGCUUCCCCGGGCCAAGACCGACGCCCACUGUUCCCAGACCGACGCCGACCUACCUCGAGCCUAGACCGACGUCGACCUAUGGUGUACCUGGGCCGACGCCGACCUACGGCGUACCUGGACCCAGGCCGACGUCGACCUACGGUGUGCCCAGACCGACGUCGACUUAUGGUGUACCUGGACCCAGGCCGACUCCCACAUCUGGUUACCCGAGUUAUACCGGCGCACCGAGCGGUCCUAGCGGGAAUGCUAUCGAGCCUGGUCACGACCAUCAUCAUCACGAACCCGGAAUGCCAUUCGACUUCAAUUACGCCGUGAAGGAGGACGCUUUCGGCAACGAUUAUUCCCACAAUGCUAUUAGCGACGGCGAUAUUGUUCGUGGCGAAUAUAGGGUGCAACUUCCGGAUGGCAGGACGCAAAUCGUGCGAUACACCGCCGACUGGCAGCACGGUUUCAGCGCACAGGUGUCUUACGACGGGAACCCUCGAUAUGACAUACCUCGACCGGGCGGAGACUUUCGAGGCUACUAAGCUUUAGCGUCGAGUCUAGGGUUGUUCAAUUUCCAUCAAAAGAAACAAAAUACAGCACACAACGAAUCGUUAUAUUGCAUGUAACGACAUUUUAAAAAAUCCAUUAGAAGUAACAAAAAAAGGAUGUAUUGUGAAAGAAAAAUGAUAGCUUACAUAGAGGACAAGUGCUCGUUGUAUAUCUCUUAUGACGAUAUCGAUAACGGCAUGCAGAGUGUUUCAAAAUUGGCGAAAAGUUUACACGUAGCGUUGUUUCUUACGAAAUAGAAUCAAUUAGAAUCAAUUCUUAUCUUAGGGAAAAUAUGUCCAAGUAAGAAACUAUUAUCUUCCACAAUUCUCCAAACUUUAUCAUUCGUUAUAUCUAAAUACUCAAUCAAAAACAAAAAUUAAAAUUCUGUCAAAGUUUACCUUCAAUCAAAUAAUAAUCAAAAUAUUUGCAUUAUUUGCAUUUCUGAAUCUUAGUCACGUGCAUGCGCGCGAAAAGUUUUUAAUAUUUUUAUAAUACUUUAUAAUCAAAAAUUAUUGAUGUU